ACAUUAAUAUGAAUAAUUGUACACAAAUAUGAAUAAACUACCUUCUGAGUUCAUCCACAAGGUAAAAGAGGCCUGGGAGCAGGGAUUUAUUUGGAUAAAUCCUUGAAUGAAAAAAGUCUGAAUGAAAAUAAUGAAAAAGAACAAUUAUUAUUAUCAUUGUCUUUUUGGCAAUACACAUGUGAAUGAAAAUUAUUCUAUCUGAGCCACCUGAUGAGCUAUCCAACUAACAAAAUGCUGAUUUAAAACUAAAAGUUGCCCAUUUUUAAAUAGAUUUGUUUUGUGGACCAGCUUGGUAUAAUUUAACUUUUGAAUGAUAUCCUAACCUAUUAAGACUGGCCUGUAAUACAGCAGCAUGACCUGGUAAACAGCCAUGCUUUUGUUUGUGUAGGCUCCUGUUCAGUAUCAGUCUCUGAUGGAGAUGGAUUACUUGGACAGCGUCAUCAAUGAGUCUCUCCGGUUGUUCCCCAUUGCCGCACGUUUGGAGCGUGUGGCCAAAGCAUCUGUGGAGAUAAAUGGCCUUGUGAUUCCAAAAGACAUGGUUGUCCUGGUCCCCACAUGGCCUUUGCACCGGGACCCUGAGAUAUGGCCAGAACCAGAGAAAUUCAAACCUGAGAGAUUCAGCAAGAUAAACAAGAAGACCAUCGAUACAUACACAUACAUGCCUUUUGGGUUAGGACCAAGGAACUGCAUUGGGAUGAGGUUUGCUCUAGUGGUGAUGAAACUGGCAGUGGUGGAGAUCCUGCAGCGGUACAGCUUCUCUGUGUGUAGAGAGACUGAGGUGAGAUUACAGAUUAACUCUGCAUAUUGCUCCUCCUUCAGGCUUUGUGAGGAAUCUUAUGGGUAGGUUUUAGUGUUAUAUAACAAUAUGACACUUAUUGUUGUCCAUCCAAAGUUUGAAGACUCUGAUUACCACUGAGCUUUGCACAGUAAUUCAAACUGAUCUUCAUUUCAUUGUCUCUUGUUCUUUGACUAUAAGGUUUCUCUAGACAAGUGUAACUUUUUUUCUUUUCUUUUCUUUUUGUACAAUGUUUGAAUUAAAUGGCCAUGCAUUGUUUAUUCAGUUCACACAGUUUUCUCUCUGCACAUUGAAUUUCCUACCAGAUCCCAUUUUAGAGAUCUGGUAGAAUGCCUCUUCCCUAGAAGAAGAGUGCUGGUUGUAAAUACUACUAUAAAUGUGACUUUUU